AAGUGUCAGAAGAUUUGUCCUCCCGGAGGCCUAUCUAUGGAUACUUUGGCGUCUUCUGACUGCACAGACCUCCAGGUGGACUAACCAGAAGACUUGAUGACAGGGAGGUAAUAUUUGGACUCUUUUAGAGGGGGCGCGCUAUUUUCGUGUGGCGAGUGGAGAUGUCCGAGGAAAAUUUGGGGGAAGAGUCGAGCAGCUCCCCGGUCUCCCCUGUGGACAGCCUGAGCAACAGCGAAGGGGAGGCGGACACCCAGCCCAAAAGAAGCGCAAGGAAGCGCAGGCCGAGCAGGAAACAAGCCGCUGAAGACUCGGACAGCCCGAUCGCGGCAGGGGGGAAGCGAGGCAAGAAAUCGAGCAGCAGCGGCAGCCCGCAGUCCCUCGAGGAACUCCAGAGCCAGCGAGUCAUGGCCAACGUGCGGGAGCGUCAGAGGACUCAGUCGCUCAACGAGGCGUUCGCGGCCCUGCGCAAGAUCAUCCCCACGCUUCCCUCAGACAAGCUGAGCAAAAUACAGACGCUCAAACUGGCCGCCAGGUACAUCGACUUCCUGUGCCAGGUGUUGCAGAGCGACGAGCUGGACGCCAAGAUGUCCAGCUGCAGCUAUGUGGCCCACGAGAGGCUCAGCUACGCCUUCUCCGUGUGGAGGAUGGAGGGCGCCUGGUCCAUGUCCACAUCUCACUAGCACCGGGACGGCUCUGGCCCAACAUGGUGACUGCUGAUUCUAAACUUCUCACAUUCUGACGGGACAUACCUGGAGUCCAAUGCUGGAUACAUGGGAUCACUAUUUAAAGCAAAGACCACGGAGAUGCUGUAGGGGAUUUUUUGUUUGUUUGUUUUUGCAGCCCCCUCACACCACCCACUCUGUUGACGGUGUAUUUACAUGUUGUUGACGACGAAUGUUGAAUAUAGCACGGCUGACGCCUGUUAAGAAGAAUUGCUUUUACUACAUGUAUUGGGACUUAUUUCUGCAAGCAAGGCAGUGUAACUUGCAUGUGUGUGUGUGUGUGCGCGCGUGCGUGCGUGGGUGUGCGCGUGUGUGUGUAAUUCUCUACUGGUGGUGUAGCCCACAUAUAAGGCUGUCUUUGUGGAUCAAACCUGUGCAAAAAAUAUUUUCAGAAAACAUUUAUUUAUUUAUUGGUAUUACAAUUAGGAAUACAUCCUGUGUCUGAAAUAUAAAUACAUUCCUAUUUUUAUUAUCACUUUUGUAAAUGUUUGUAUAUUUUUUGCAAUAAAGAAAACGAGAAUA